UGUAGUCCACCUCUACAGCAUGCAAAUUACCGAGCAACUCCAAUAUAUCGCAGAUUGGUUAACUACACAGAGCGCGCGGCGCGGCGCGAGAGCUGGACGCAGUGCGCGCUUUGAUUAUUUUGAGCGGACUGUAAAAGGCGAAAGAAUAGCCUCUUUUUAAUCACCAUACUGUUUUGUCCUGGUGGCUCGAACCUGCAACUUAAUCAUGAUUAAUUGCGGGGAGGCUGUGUGAGGAGGGCUUAACACUCAUCAUCCCGGGACCGGAGUGAAACAUCACCGUGCGCUCCUUGUGCAACGGAAUAAUAAGCAGCCCGCGAGUGUGUGUGACAGCUUUUUAAGAGUCGAGAAAGACUGUGGACCCGAGAGGACAAGUGGGGACUGACGGACCCUGUGAAGUUUCCCCGUGUGUCAGCCUGUUUUUAAGGACCAGAGAGAAAGUGCGGUGGGGGUUAGCCCCUCUUCAAUGCGUCGGUUCCCCCGUAUAGUACUGAUGGACUGAGUACGGUGACAUUUGAAGCAGCCUUCUCCUGUUUUCAUCAGUUUUAGUCGGAUUCCCAUUAGCUGCUUGCAUGGUUUACUCCCAUUCCUCAAGUCCACCCAGGACACACAGAAAGAACAGAACAUAUUAAUACUGAUAUCUCUGACCGAAAUGCUGCCCUGUAUCAUUUUCAUCGGCGUGUUUGUCACUGUGGCCCAAUCCCAGGAUAUUCAUCCCUCACAGGCAUCAUCCUCUAUUAGUGAGUCGUGUGACUCCUUGUGCUCCUGCGAGGGGAAAGAUGGCAUCCUUCAUCUUAACUGCGAGCAGAGAAACAUCAGCAAAAUCUCCCAAAUCAAAGUCCCGUCAGGCGUGCCCUUCCACCUGAACCUUUACAAAAAUGACUUAGUUGAGCUCCGCGCUGAGGAAAUGGAAGGGCUUAAGAAUGCCCUUUCGCUGCACAUCGGGGGUAAUAGCAUACAAGAGCUGGAACCCGGGGUUUUUAGCACUCUCGGUUCACUGAAAAAACUCCACAUAAAUAGCAAUUUCCUUGUCACUCUGAAAGAGGACACUUUUCAAGGCCUGGUGAAUUUGGAGUUUCUCCAAGCUGACACAAAUUUCAUUCGGGUCAUCGAGCCAGGGGCCUUCAACAAACUGAUCCGCCUCAAGGUCCUCAUCCUCAAUGAUAAUUCCAUCGAGUUUUUACCCAGCAACAUUUUUCGGUUCGUGCCCCUCACCCACCUGGACUUGCGUGGCAACAAGCUCCAGACACUGCCUUAUGUUGGGUUUUUGGAGCACAUCGGACGGAUAAUGGAGCUUCUCCUGGAGGACAAUGACUGGGUCUGUGACUGUGAUAUUUUGCAUUUAAAAAUCUGGAUGGAGAACAUGAGGGCCCAGUCAGCAAUCGGAGAUGUGGUUUGCAGCACACCACAUCACCUUAAGGGGACUAUUCUGGCUAAAGUCAAGCGGGAUGUUCUCUGCCCGUCCCACGCAGAUAUUAACCUGGAGGAACCGUCAAAGUCCCUGGACAUGGUUGUUACUCCCUCAUCCAAAGUUUCUCAGAGUCCCAAGUUGAUUAAUGCCAAAGAUGACGCCAAGGUACCGACACCGUCUCACAUUCCCAGCAGUCCUUGUGUGGAGCACUGUUCUUGUCACAAUCACCCUGUGGCUGGGUUUUUGAUGCAUUGUCAGGACAGGGGAAUUCAGAAAGUAUCAGAUAUCGGAAUACUCCAGCAAAGCCCCACUAAAUUGGUCAUGACAGGAAAUAUGAUUCAGAAACUCCUGAAGUAUGAUUUUGUCACAUAUGAUAGUUUAGAAUUGCUCAACUUGGCGAACAAUAGAAUUGAUUACAUUGAUAAUGAAACUUUCCUCAGCUUGAGCAGUUUGAAAAAAUUAUAUUUGAAUGGCAAUAGAAUUGAAAAGCUGUUCUCCACAAUGUUUGUGGGGCUCCACAAUCUUGAAUACCUGUAUCUGGAAUACAACCUUAUCAAAGAGAUUGCUCCAGGCACAUUUAAUCCCCUGCCGAACCUGAAGCUGUUGUCAUUAAAUAACAACCUGCUCAGCUCUCUUCCGGCACAGAUAUUUCGCAAUGUUCCCCUCACCAAAUUAAACCUGAGGAAAAAUCUACUUAUGCACCUGCCAGUGAGCAACGUGCUUGAUCAACUCGACUCACUAGAACAGAUUUAUUUAGAGGACAACCCCUGGGACUGCAGCUGUGACUUGCUAAGCCUCAAACAAUGGGUGGAGAAACUAAGAAAGGACACAGUGGUGGGCUCCAUUUUGUGUCACACCCCAAAUAAAGUGAUGCAGGCUGAACUAAGAAGCCUUCGUCAUGAGGUGCUAUGUCCCGGUUUAGGGACCUACUACCCUAUGUCCCCAGAUUGGGAGGAGAGCGUGACAGCUACACUGGGGCCUGACAGCACUGACAAGGGUUUGUUCAGCUCACUCACGGACACCGUCCCACUCUCUGUGCUCAUCUUAAGCCUUCUUGUUUUUGUCCUCAUGAUUAUCUUCUGCUCAGCUGGACUGGUCGUGUUUGUGGUGCACCGGCGGCGGCGAAGGGCAAAGAAAAAAGCAGCAGAGGAGCAGCCCCGGGAGAACACCAGCAGCAGUCCCAUUCACUUACAUUACAGCAUGUACGGGCAGAAAACUACACACCACACUCUGACACAGAGAACAGGGUCUUCCUCUCUGUACGAAGAGAGAUCACAUAGUCCUAUUGUGCAGAUCUGUCGCAACCCCACCUACUGCUCCCAGCACAAGGAACACGACAUGGAUUUGGAUUAUAGCCUCGACGACCCCAGCGCCAAGCAUCACGUCUGCCGGAGUCUCAUGGAGAAGGAGAACACCUCUCCACUCACAGGAAACCCCAGCUCAAAGUUCAGACCCAUGACUGGAGAGUGCCCCGCAGAGUUUGUCACUCUCGGAAAUCCCAACUCCUUGUACAGGAACAUUCUGGAGAGAGAGAAGGAGCUGCAGCAGCUUGGAAUAACAGAGUACCUUAGGAAAAACAUGCCACAGCUUCAGUCUGCUGUAGACAUGCAGGUCCCGGGGCACCAGGAGGAGUUAAAGCUAAUGGAGACAAUAAUGUACUCACGACCACGCAAGGUCAUGCUUGAGCAAACUAAGAAUGAGUACUUUGAACUUAAGGCUAACUUGCACACUGAGCCGGACUAUUUGGAGGUUCUGGAGCAUCAAACUGCAUUUAACUGAGCUUCAACAGGAAAAAAAAACAAACAAAAAAAUAUAUAAAUAUAUAUAUUAUCUCUUGAACCAAGUGCCUUGUCCUGUUGGCCCUCUUGUACUUUCCACAGUGUGAAAUAUAUAUAUCAUGGGCACAUCACAUCAAGUUUAACUGUAGCACAGAAUGUAACUGGUUUAUUUUUUUGUUACCUUUUGUUGACAGCCAUGUCAUGUAGCUGGUGAAAUGUGUAGUAUUUCUGGGCAAAUGUAACUUAAAGAAGCUAUUGCAGUCUGUUGAGCAGGCCUGGUUUGAAACCCUCUUUGAAAUCCACUCAAUGAGCUUUUUAUGAUUGAUUAAAUUUCCACGGCUCACUGCCACCAAAUGAAUUGAUCCGCACAGCGCACACCCCCUUAUUUGACAUCCUGAAAGGAUAAAGCAGAUGUUUGGAAAGAAGUGAGUGAAUUUCAAUCACCACUUGACCCAGAAUUGCGGUUUAAUCAGUCUAUCCUGACUCUGGGUAUGACCUGAUUACACCCUCUGUCAACAUAAGCCAGCUAAAAUGCUGUAACCAGAAUGCUCAUUGUGCCGUAGAGUCAGUAAAAUGCCAACUGUACAUUGGAAAACAGUGAUAGGAGUGUGAUCCCACUGCUAUUCUCCUGUCAGUUCUUUUGUUCCAUCCAAUACGCUGCGCAGUUGCAGACAUAGGACCUUUAUUUAUUUUUUAUACAAACUGGUGAUAUUCACUGAAAGGUUGUUCCCCCCCCCACACACAAUCAGUAAAUACAGCACUUAAAGUACAUUAUAUUAUACACAGCUGUAAUCUUGUAAAAAUGCAUUGCACUAAUCAGAUGCCAUAAGAUGGUGCAUGACAAUCAACAGAGUCCUGCUGAAACCUUUUUGUUUGUUUUUUAAUUUCUUCCAGAAGAAAUGAGCCACAAAUGUGUAUCAUCCUUCAGUGUGUGUUUUGUAUAUGUGCGGACGAAUGUGAGAUUGUGUUUAAUGUCACUAAUUUAUGUCUGACAACAUUCAAACAGCAUUCAGGAACAUCGCUCCUUCCUCAUUCUGACACUGGCUGAUUUGGAACUGUUUUGAACUAUUUAGAAGCGGGGCAUAUUAAUCUAUUAGCACAUGAACGGUUAAUGACGAGCAACAUCACCCAACAGAGAAGCUCCAUUUUCCCAUGCACACAACCUGCCGAAUGACUUCAGCUACAUUUCCUCUGUUUCUCAGCUCUUAUUAAAAGCAAUGGACUGUUGGUCACUGACAUUUGCAAUGUGGACAUUGUCAGGAUUUAUACUAUACACUCCAUUCAUACUCUUGGAAACUCAUUCAACUUUGAAACGGUUCAUGUAAGCACACACUCAGUAGCUUUUCUACUUAACUAGAUAAUAAUUAUUUAUUCUGUAUAUUUUGUAUAUACUUGUGUUCCAUUAUACCUUUGGUUUUUGUGUGCCUUCAGUGCUGUACAGAAUAUAAACAGAAGUUGUAACUGAUAAACAGAAAAUAAAGAGUUGCAAUAUUACAUAAA